AUGAACGAGAUCAACGCAUAUAAUCAGUGCGAUGAUUUGCGAUUAACGCCACCAUUCGCGUUCGACGAAUACAACAGUCAAGGAAUCGACGGAUGCGACAACGAUUUCUUCAAUGAAAUAUGGCCAGAAAUCGCGUCCAUGAACUUGGCCCUGGACUGGAACACUUGUGGUCUUUCAACUCUCGACGACGCCAAGGAUCCCAAUGUCUUGCCAUUGUGCUCAGAGAACAAUAAGCAUUGCGACGAUGUGACUGUGACUGGGGGUUUCCAGGGUUGGGCCGGUGACUCGAGUAUUAGUUCUGAGAGUACGACAACGCAAUCAGAAUGUGCCAGCCCAAACCCAGAUGCUGGAAUUGGCUUCUUCAAUGAUCAAUGGACGGCGGAUCCUUCAGGCCAAACAAACAUCUCUACGGUAUCGGCUCUUCCACAACCGUGUGCAGACUUCCUUUACACGCACGAGGAACAGUCGCAAGAUACUCGAUAUUUGGUCAAUGACAAUGAGAGCCGCAAAAGGCGUAGAUCAAUACUGUCGGUUGAGGAUGAGGAUUCAGGAGACAAGCAGUCCACACACAGACAUGUCGAGCAAAAACGCAUGCUCGCCUGCCCGUAUCGAAAGCUCGACCCCCACCGGCACCGCGACUGCCUCAAGUACACCCUCCAUCGAAUAAAGGACGUGAAGCAGCACAUAGACCGCCGUCACAGCUGCGAAGUUGGGCACAAACCAUGUUUGGAGGGCGUCACGGACGAGCAAAGGAGGAAGCUGAACAAGACCUCAUCCCGGAAUAAGUCCUUGGAACUACAGUGGUUCAACAUGUGGGACAUACUGUUCCCGGGUAAAAAGCGGCCACGGUCUGCGUUCUCAGGCAACUACAUCGAGGAGGUUGUUCAUCUCAUCAGGGAUUGUUGGGAUGACAAGAGUUCCACAUUGAUCGGCAGUGCAAUCCGAAAGCAUGGAGACAUUCCAAUCGACAAAGAUCUCCUGGACAAGGUCAUGGGAACUUUGUUCAAACAGCUCGAGGAAGAAGUUUGUAGCCCCUCGCCUUCCGGUGUCUUGAAUUCAAAAAUGGGUGACGUUGGGCCGGACAUUGCGCAGCGCGCUCCCAAGAGAUCAAGGACGCAGUGA